AUGUCUGCUCAUCUCUACCCUCUCGCAUCACUCUCACAGAUUGAAAAGACGCCGUCGAUGCAGGAUGGCGUGCCAGCUGAUUUGGAAGAAGACUUGCGAGCUUAUGGAUGCAAACUCAUCCGCCAGGCAGGCGUCCUAUUGAAACAAAAACAAGUAGCUGUUGCUACCGCACAAAUACUCUUUCAGAGGUUCUUCUAUGUUAGUUCUGUGAAGCAGUUUGGCAUUGGGGACAUCGGGAUGGGCGCCCUAUAUCUCUCCUCAAAACUGGAAGAAUGUCCCAUCCGGAUGCGCGAUCUCAUCAAUGUCUAUGACCUCCUACUACAACGGGCAGCCCACACCGUUUCUGCUGCGUCCUCUUCGACGCCUCUGCCUGACUUCAAAUACGCGCCCAUGUCGUACUUCGGAAACACUUUCUACGACCUGAAGGACGCUCUUGUAGUGUCAGAGAUGCAGAUUCUGAAAAGGCUGGGGUUCAACGUCCAUGUGACGUUGCCCUACGGGACGUUGGUGAACUACAUGAGGCUGCUUGGGUUGACGUCGCGAGAGGAUGCAGUAUCAAAAGCUUGGGGCUACCUGAAUGAUGCGCUACAAACGCAGGUGUACGCGCUUUAUGCGGUUCCAACAAUCGUCAGUGCAGCCAUCCUACUUACGACCAGACACCUAAACCUACCGCUACCAAAUGGUUGGUGGGAAUUGUUUGAUGCUGAAUGGGAGGAUGUGUGGAGCGUGUGCGGCUAUAUCAUGCGGUUGUACAGGGAGAGAAAUGAGGCGGAGAAGAUGAGAGUAGUGGGUAUGGUAGGGAAGAAGGAAGUUAGGAAAUGGCUGGCAGAUAAUGGGCUGGAUGGCUCGAAGUAA